AUGGAAACCCGCACGCAAAAAACCCGUAAAUUAACGGGCCUUGCGUGCAAAACCCACUGGAACCCAUGGAACCCGUUUACAAAACCUACUUCGAGUCUUCGACCUUUCCGUCAUUCACCAGAAGUCCAGAACGCAACUCUCUCUCUCUCGAACUCAACCCAAUCUGAGCACAGCAACCUCCCAUUCAUUUCCGUCACCCAAUCUGAGCACGCUUUCUGGUUAAGCAGAGCCUUUAGCACAGAAUCAAAAGUUUAUAACGCUGUGGGAUUGUUUGAGAGUUUUGGUGCUGCUGAUUCAAAUUACUCGAUAGAUGAGAGUUCUUCUCAAGCACAAGGCGAUCACAGCUUACUUGAGGCUUUUGAUAACGCUUACAAAAUUGGUUCGAGUUCAAGUAUGAAGACAGAAUUGAGCAAGUAUUUGGAUGAAGUAAGGCUAGAAAGAAAGCAAGAGUUGGAUGUACUUUCUUGGUGGAAAAUGGAGCAAAUUCGAUAUCCAAUUCUUUUUCAUCUAGCUCGUGAUGUGCUCACAAUUCCUAUUUCUACCGUUGCAUCUGAAUCGGCCUUUAGCAUUGGCGGGAGAGUUUUAGAUCAAUACCGCAGCUCACUGUUGCCUGACACAGUUCAAGCUCUGCUUUGUACUCGAGAUUGGAUUUUUGGUAACAAAGAAAAAGAGCGCGCUGAAUUGGAGGAUCUUACUGAAGACGUAUUUGAUUUGACAUUGCAAGAUAGAUCUGGAGAAGGAGAAAGCCGCAAUUAAGAUGACUUAGACGUAUUUUAUUUAGUACAUUAAAAAUGUAUUUUAUUUAGUACAUUAAAUAUGUAUUUCGAACCUAUUGAAAUAUUUAAUUAUAUUUACUAGCUUAGCUCAA